AUGAUCAGCAAGGUGUGCCUGCUUGCCGCUUUCCACGUUUGCCUCUCUGAGUUCGUUCUUGAUGUGGGGGCGCCGCGUAGCGGCACCCAAAGUAUGUUUGAGGCACUGAAGCAGCUGGGUCUGAAUGCCCUUUGGAGUGGUUACUACACGCAACUGCGAUGGCCUUGGUGCGAUUAUCUGUUUGCCAAUGGCACGCGGCCGCCAUUUGACAACCUGACAGGCUUCGAAGCAGCUAUGGACGAGCCUUUCCAUCUGCUCUAUGAUGAGGUUCUGCAGGCGAUUCCUGACGCCAAGUUCGUGUACACAGUUGCUGACCCAGAUUCAUGGUAUGACCAGUACCUGGAGUUCUACGCAUACCAAGAGCGCGACCGAGACUCUGAGAACCGCCAGGUUUACCAAAGGCACAAGUAUUAUCCGGGCCAUGAGACGGACGUGACACACAGACUGUCGAGCCUGCGGGGAAAGCAGGGUGAGCGGCUAUCUGAGCGAACACGCGCAGACUUCUUCCCACGACCUCUGGGGCACCCGAUGAAUGGAUAUAAUCCAGUGGAGGAGUGGGGCUCCACAGAGUCUCAUUGGAUGUGCACGGCGGCCCAUUUCUGGGGGUGCCGCUUUGACGACCCCCACCUGCGCCACCACAAAGACGUCCGGGACAGAUGCCUGGAUUCCUUCCGUCAACAUCAGGAUAGGGUGAUCCGCACGAUUCCCAAGGGGCAACUGCUCAUCUUGAAUCUGUCCGACGGUUGGGGUCCACUCUGCGAGUUCUUGGGAAAGCCGAUUCCCCCCGGGCCCUUCCCGCAUGUGGACAGGUACGCAACGAAGACGGCAGACGCCAACCGGACUUCCGUGAUCAACGACACAUCAUCGGUAGCCUUAGUGCAGCGCGAAGCUGUCCGUCUCCGUCGAAGGGAGCUCUGA